GUGAUUGCCAUUUGGAAGGCAGCUCUGGAUUUAACCAAGAUGUCUGUGAAAAUGACAGCAGCCCUGUUCCUGCUCCAGCUCAGUGGCUUCCUUGGAUCUGGGAGUGGUGGGAAGGUGCUGGUGUGGCCAAUGGAAUACAGUCAUUGGCUCAAUUUGAAGAUAAUCCUAGAAGAACUUGUGAAGAAGGGCCAUGAAGUGACUGUUCUGAUACCCUCAGCUUCACUUUCUUAUGAAGUUGAGGACAUAUCUGCUAUUGAGUUUGAGAAAUACCCUUCAUCCUUUCCCAUGGCUGAUUUGGAGCAACUUUAUAUGGAAGCAAUCAUGAAAUGCAUUUAUGAGCUACCAAAGCAAUCAUUUUGGAGAUACUUGUUAAUGUUUCAAGAAGUGGUUUGGAAGCAUUCAGAUUAUUUUGAAAGUCUCUGCAAAGAUGUAGUUUUUAACAAGGAACUCAUGACAAAACUACAAAAUUCACACUUUGAUGUCAUGGUAGCAGAUCCCUUCAUACCCUGCGGUGACCUGCUGGCUGAGAUUCUCAAGAUACCACUUGUGUACAGUCUCCGCUUCUUUCCUGGCUCUACACAGGAAAAGUACAGUGGAGGACUCCCACUGCCUCCUUCCUAUGUGCCUGUUGCACUGUCAGAAUUGAGUGAUCGAAUGACAUUCAUGGAGCGGGUGCAAAAUGUAAUCUACAUGCUGUCUUUUGACUUUUGGUUCCAAAAUUUUAAUGAGAAGAAGUGGAAUCAGCUUUACAGUGAAGUAUUAGGAAGACCCACAACACUCACUGAGAUGAUGGGGAAGGCAGAUAUAUGGCUCAUUCGAACCUACUGGGAUUUGGAAUUUCCUCACCCUCUCCUACCAAAUUUUGAUUUUGUUGGAGGACUCCACUGCAGACCUGCCAAGCCUCUGCCUAAGGAAAUAGAAGACUUUGUCCAGUCAUCUGGAGAACAUGGUGUUGUGGUGUUUUCCCUGGGAUCCAUGGUGGGUACCCUAACAGAAGAAAGGGCCAAUGUGAUUGCAGCAGGCCUUGCCCAGAUUCCACAGAAGGUUCUUUGGCGAUUUCAAGGCAAGAAACCAGACACCUUGGGCUCCAACACUCAGCUGUACAAAUGGAUCCCCCAGAAUGACCUUCUUGGUCAUCCUAAAACCAGAGCUUUUAUAACUCAUGGUGGCACCAAUGGCAUCUAUGAGGCGAUCUACCAUGGGAUCCCUGUGGUUGGCAUUCCUUUGUUUGGUGACCAAUUUGAUAAUAUUGUUCGCAUGAAGACCAAAGGAGCAGGUGUUAGACUGGACUUUCUUACAAUGUCCAGUACAGAUUUGGUUGAUGCACUGAAGAUAGUCACUAAUGAUCCUUCCUAUAAGGAGAAUGCCAUGCAGCUAUCAAGAAUUCACCAUGAACAGUCAGUGAAGCCCCUGGACAGAGCUGUCUUCUGGAUUGAGUAUGUCAUGCGCAACAAAGGAGCCAAGCACCUUCGUGUGGCAGCACAUGACCUCACCUGGUUCCAGUACCACUCUCUGGAUGUCCUUGGAUUCCUGCUGGCCUGUGUGAUGACUGUGAUGCUCAUCAUCAUGAAGUGUUGCCUCUUUUGUUGCCAGAAAUUUGCUAAAGCUGGAGAGAAGAAGAAGAAAAGGGAGUAGCUGAAGUGGGGAGGACAAACUCACGAACCUUUCCCAGUGCAUCCCAGCAAGACAGGCUUUCCAUCUUAUCCCUUAGCCACAACUGACCUGGACACUGCCACUCUUAUUUCAGUCUUUUGAAGUAGACAUGAGCUGUCAAAAGUUCCAUUUCCUCUCACUUAUAAAGUAAACAUGCAAGAGAAGACCAGAAUUUUUAAGUCCCAACAUCACUUACCUCAUAUUAUAUACCCAAUCUGAAAUUUCCCCCACAGACUCCCAAUUUGUUUUGUUUAUUUUGUUUAAUUUCUUCAUUUAGAAUUUCUCACUUUGAUUCUGGAAAAUAUUAAAAAUAUUAAAUUGUUCCCUCACGAUCAUAUUCCUACUUCCCACUGGAUCUCUCCCAAUAUGUCCAAAUCACAACUUCCUGACCUCUA